AUGAUCCUCGGCCGUCAAUCCAGGAUCGUUGGUCCGUUGGCACACCGGUACAGAUCUCUUUCUACGUUACAUUUUGCUAUCGCGGUACUCGCUCACUCCAGUAUCGUCGCAGCGUUUUCGAAUCCCGAUGAGUCGCAGCUAUUAUCGAAGGCCUCUCCUGAUUUUGUGGCCGAUGCUAUGAUCAGUAGUCACUCCCAGAAGAGAUUCCUUCGGGUCGUAGAUCCAGAAGAUGACAAUUUGACAGCCGCUGAUGAAGAGCGAACUAAGUGGGCGUUUCUCGACGAUGUCAUCGAGAGAGCGAUUGCCGCCGAAACGUUAAAGGGCUUUACGAGAGAGAAGGCCAGUGAAGUGGUUCAGGCUGCAAAGAAGGGUGACGACCUUACGGAAAAGGAGAAAGAAGUCCUAGCUAUCCUCAAAGCCAUGGCCGAUAAGAAUUAG